CUCAUUCUUGUUUGCGUGGAAGUCGAAGGCGCGGUCGGUAUGGUAGAGACGCCUGAGAUCCUCGGUCUCGAGACGCCGUGCUUCAGUCACGCGUGCGACCGCACUCGCUUUUCCCCGCAAGCAGUGCGUUUUUGUAAAGCGGGGGGCGGAUUGAAGGAAUCGCCUGGUUCGCUUCUUCCAGGCAUGCCACAGGACACCGGGAUUGUGCGCGUGCACAAUCUCUUUCGGCAUUUUCCAGUAACCUCUACCCAUCGACUGGUGGACGUCCUCGAGCACCAGUGUGUGGAUCGCAUGAUCACCUGCGACGUGUUUCGCUAG